AUGUCUCUUGAUAUCGAUCCUAAUUCGACAGUUUUUGUGGAGAGUGCGAAAAAGGAAAAUCGUUCUGGUCCUUCACAGCAUAUACACUUCAAGAAAUUUGUUGAAACUUACAAUAGUUCUGAUAAUUAUAUGGUCCAAGAUGUCCCUGUCUAUCUAAGGAAAGAUGUAAUGAUACCCUGCAAUAUCCAGUGUGCUGAGCUCUUUGAAAAUGGUCUUGUGGCCACCGUCAUGUGGUUCAGCAGUGGUGGCACCAAGUCUGUGAUUCAUACAGAUGCUGUGGAUAAUAUGAACUGCCUAUAUCGAGGAGAGAAGGAACUUUUCUUUGUUGAUCCCAAAUACAAGAAUAAAAUUUUUUUGAAAGAAAAUGGUGCUUAUUCUGAUAUUGAUGUUGAUAGAAUGGAUUACACAAAAUACCCAGAAUUAGCUGACAUUGAAUAUCACCAUGUCAACAUUACAGCCGGAGACUGUCUCUUCAUUCCUUACCUCUGGAUUCAUCAAGUCCGUUCAUAUGGCAGCAACUUAGCUGUAAAUAUUUGGUGGAAUCAUGAUGAAGGCUUGAAGAUGGAUCCUCAGAAAUGUAAGGAAAAAUGUGAUCAGAAUUUGAAUUUGUCUCAGGUUAAUUUUGAAGUGGAUAAUGAAAAUCGAGAAGAAGAUUGGAAAGAUUAUUUUCUUGAUAUCCUGGAAGAGGAAGACAUCAAAUUAGAAGACAUGACAGAACUUGUGCUUGGAAGAGCUGCAGCUGAGAAAUUAAAAAACAUGAAUGCAGGCCAGGGUUAUCUUGAUAUGAUUCACAGGAUCUUCAAUUUGUUUGACAGUGAUGGUGAUGAAAAAAUUACCAAAGAAGAAGUGGAAAUUAUACCAGAAAAGACUUGGAUCCAAUGUGAAACAUUAAUGUAUGAUUUGGAUUUACUGAUUGAAGCCAUUGAGAAAUCUCAUUCCAAAUCUCAUGAAGAACUGUAG